UGACUUCGGGCUGUGGGAGGCUGGGGUUUAAUCUGGGGCAGUGUAGGUUGGGGUUUGGGCUAGGGCUGUGGAGGCUGGGGUUUAGUCCAAGACCAUGGAAGACUGGGGUUUUACCCAGGGCUGGGGUUUAACCCAGGUCCAGUUUUUAUCCCAAGGUGAUGGAAGGGUGGAAUUUAACCCAGGUCCAGUUUUUAUCCCAAGGUGAUGGAAGGUUGGGGUUUAGCCCAGGGCUGUGGAGGCUGGAAUUCAACCCAGGUCCGGUUUUUAUCCCAAGGCCAUGGAAGGCUGGGAUUUAACCUAGGGCUGGGGUUUAAGGCUCUGGACCUCAGGUGCUCCUCUGCCCUUCCAUCACCUAUAAUAGAACCCAGACAUGUGCAAAAGCCUGGUGGAGUUGCCAGUGCUAAAAGCAUUGUUGUACAAGUGUAAUUCCCUUGGGGAAACUCUAGGUAACAACAUUCAAGCUCUUGGCAGGUGGUUCUUGGCUGGCUGUAACAGUGAGACUCAGGGCCUGUGUUUGAGGAACCUGCCCAAUCUGCCUUUUGUGUCGUUUUCCCCCCAUUUCUGUGCCAAACAUCACCCCUGAGGGCAGGUGCCCAUUGAAAACUCCUGUCUCUGCCUGUUGCCUGUGUGCUGUGCUCAGGUGUAGCCUGGAAUGCUGCGUAGUGACCUGUGCUAGCUCCAGCCUCUCAUCACCAGCCCAUGAAAUUUGGUUUAGUUAUUUUUUUCCUGGCUUGGGAGAAGACGGAUGUGGAGGGAACGCUGUUUGUUUACACAAGAUCGGCUUCUCCAAGGCAUGGUUUCACAAUUAUGAACAGACUGAGCAUGGAAAAUCGAACAGAACCUAUUACUAAAGACCUGGAUUUCCAGCUCCAGGACCCUUUUCUGCUCUACAGAAAUGCCAGAUUGUCCAUAUAUGGGAUUUGGUUUUAUGAUAAAGAAGAAUGCCAAAGAAUUGCAGAGCUCAUGAAAAACCUAACUCAGCAGGAACAAUUCAAAGCACAGCAGGGCACAGGAACAGGGGUUUCUCCCAUGAUUGUGAAUUCUGCUAAUAACAAAGAAGUGGAUAUCUUACGGAUGCUUACCAAGGCCAAAGAUGAGUAUACCAAGUGUAAGACCUGCUCAGAGCCAAAACAAAUAACCAGUUCCUCUGCAAUCUACAACAACCCCAACCUCAUCAAACCCAUUCCAGUGAAGCCGAGUGAGAGCCAGCAUCAGCGAGUCUCCCAGCAGAGCAAGAGCACGGAUCCUGAACCCCAGCACCUGUCUCUGACAGCACUGUUUGGCAAGCAGGACAAGGCAGAAGCGGCAGAAGCUCUCAGCAAGCAGGAGAAGCUGGCGGGCAGGCAGUGCGUGGUGCGCUCGCUGUCCUACGAGGAGCCCAGCCGGCUGUCCCCCUGCGCAGAGAGACAGCUGUGCCCCGCCAUCCAGAAGCUGAUGGUGCGUGGCACAGAGCUCCAUCCCCUGGCAGAGUUCCCUGAGAGGCGCCUGUGUGAGAAUGGCAGCAUCCCCUGCGUGGGGGAGACUUUGGCAGGGCUGUUCCAGCCCGUGGCACAGCACGGCGUGGCUCCUCACGGGGCGCAGGAUGCCGCUGGUACCCACAGCUUGCUGCAGAAGCUGCAAAGUCAGCCAGGCUCCGCCAAUAAAAUGGACCCCAGUGCCACGGGAGCUGGCAACUCCACGGCUUCUGUGUUCAGCAGGACUCCUGCUCCUGUGGGAGCACCAGCAGCACCAGGAAAUAACAUGAGCCAGCCCCCUCUGGUGUAUUUCAAUGGGUCCCUGCCAGGCCAGACUUUAGAGGCUCAGAGCCUCGCUAAAGAACAAUCCAAACUUCCCAGACAGCCGCUUCCUCUCUCCAGCAAUCAAGCAGCCAAUUCUGGGGUGAUUUCACCUCAAGAACUGUUGAAAAAACUCCAGAUAGUGCAACAAGAACAGCAGCUCCACGUAUCCAGCAGACCAACGUUGGCAGCUAAGUUUCCAGUUGUUACCCAGAACACCAACACCCUGAAACCACUGGAUUCCUGGAUAGAAAAGGCUCCAGGCACAGAAAAACAGAGUGCUCUCCUCCAGGUGAUCUCCCCUCAGCGCAUCCCUGCCACGGUGCCCCCCACGCUGCUGAUGUCCCCCAUGGUGUUCACCCAGCCCGCGCCUGCCGCUGCCAAAGGCACCGAGAGCGCCGAGCCCGCUGCCAGCCCUGCCAGCCUCCUCCUGCCCCUGCCAGCCCCAGAGCCAGCCAGCAGCACCUCCAUCAGCAAGCUGCAGCUGCAGGAAACGCUGCUGCACCUCAUCCAGAAUGAUGACAACUUCUUAAACAUUAUUUAUGAAGCAUAUCUCUUCAGUGUGAGGAAGGCAGCAAUGAAAAAGCCUAUGUGACAGAUCAUCCUUUAAAUCAAUUCCCAUGGCUUCCUGAACUCCAGGAAGAAGAUUUUGAUAUUUUCAAAUAUGAUUGUGUUUGAAGAAAUGAAUGAUUUUAGGCAUUUUGCAUACACUUAGAUUUUCCUUGUUGGCAAACAACAUGCUGUACUGAGAAAAUAAAAUGAGCAGAAAUGGAUUGUGCCUUUAGCGAGGGGAGCGUCACAACGCCCAAGAAUUAAUCACAAAAUAUCUUAAAUUAUUUUCCUUACCCUGCUCCGUACUUGGAGCUGGUUUCCGGGCAUAAGGACUCAGUUCUCAGGAUCCAGUUUCCUUUUUUUAACCCUCAGCCUGGUUACUCAUUGCCGAGGUAUUUGUCCCGGGGAUCCUGACCACAUGGUGGCAAUGUUGGAUUAUUUUUAGGAACACGAAAAUCCGCCUGAAACCCUGGAACGGGAGAUUUCGGCAAGACUGAUCGUCCUACUUAGUCGUCUGCAAAGCAAUUUAGAAGAAGUGUCAUGACUUUCCCCAAAAUUUUUUGUAGGGAGAUCUUUUUCUAUUUUGACAAGAAUAUUUUUAGCUAGGUGUAGAGAUGGGAUUCUGCAGGUGUUGAAGGAAUUGGAGGGUGGGGGGGUGUUGUGAAUGUCCUUUGUUGUCACAGAGCUCUGGGGUGACACUGGAUUCAUGUUUUUAUUAUUCCAGGUCCAAUCUGAAUAAUUAUAAGCAAUGUGAAAAUUCGUUAAGGGGAAUGCUACCCGGUGUAAUUUUAUUUUAUUUUAUUUUUUAAGCGUGUUCCUGGAGCACAGUGAUUUCAUUGAUCCAUUUCUAAAGAAAAUAAAAAUGGAUAAAUCCCUACAA